GUGCAGGGUACAACAUAUUAGAAUAAGUGAUGCUAUUUUCUGUAGAAAAUGUACCGGUCAGGAAGAUAAAAACCGUGAAAUAGGUUUUCUUUCUGCAAGAAGAGGUGAGAAACAUCAAGCAGAAAAAUGAAGAUUUGGAGCACGGAACACAUAUUCAGCUACCCCUGGGAGACGGUGAUCAAGGCUGCCAUGCGGAAGUACCCAAAUCCCAUGAACCCCAGCGUGGUGGGAGUGGACGUCCUAGACCGGAACCUGGACACCCAGGGGCGUCUCCACAGUCACCGGCUCCUCAGCACCGAGUGGGGCCUGCCCGCUAUCGUUCGAGCGAUUUUAGGAACCAACAGGACCUUAACCUAUGUGAAGGAGCACUCCAUUGUGGAUCCAGAGAAGAAAGAAAUGGAGCUUUGUUCAACGAAUAUCACUCUGACUAAUUUGGUGUCUGUGGACGAACGUCUGAUAUACAGGCCUCAUCCAGAAAAUCCAGACGUCACAGUCUUGACACAGGAAGCCAUCAUCACUGUGAAAGGAGUCAGUCUGAGCAGCUACCUGGAGGGACUGAUGGCUCUCAGCAUGUCAGCCAAUGCUAGAAAGGGCUGUCAGGCUGUGGAGUGGGCAAUCCGGAACCUUCUCUCUCACAUCCCAGCGGUGACUGCCCCAGGUGGACAGCCAGGCGGCUGCGGAUCUCCCACGGCUACCGGGUAAAGUCAACUGGCCCGAGCCGACCAGGAGGCCCCGGGGCAUGGCAGCGUAGACCAGGCAGUAUCAGCAACCCAUGAGCUGGCAGUCAUCAUCUCGCGCUAUAGGGUUCGCCUCACAGUCCAGAGGGUCUGUGUCUGACAAGUGCUUGUAAAGCAGGAGAUGAGGGCAGAAUCUAGAAGGCAACUUCUGGUGCGAUUGUAAAUUUGUCCCUGUUUUCGGGGAACUCUACGGUCAUGGGUUGCCACCGUGGAAUCUAAGCAGAAUACAUUAUACCAAUAACCGUUGAUUACUGUCCUAAAUACAUGUACUGCAAGCGCAUGUUCAGGAAGCUGCACAAAUUAACAGAUCUGUUCUGUGGCCAUCAUGUUGAUGGAAUAUAACUCUUGCUGAUAUUUAUUCCUUAAAAUAAUACUUAUUCCUUAAAAUAAUUGUUAUUUUGGUUGGAUUAUAUCCUGGUGGAGAUAUUUUCAUUAAUAACUAAUCAAUUAUUAUAAAAGCCACUUAAUUUUCCAUUAGACAUACUUCAGAUGUCUACUUUAAUCAGUUUACAUGUUAGUAAAGAAUAGGUCAGAAGAUUUAUUCUGUUUUUGUUUUUGUUUUUGUUUUUGUUUUUCCAGUACUGUGGAACAUGAAAUGUGUCAAGUUACUGAAAAUGAGGUCUAAUUGUUAGUGAAAAGUUACUCUUAGGUUGUUACUGCUGAAGUCUAUUUUAUAUAUACUAAUUUAGAAAUGGAAACACUAAUUUAUUUUUCCUUUUUACUAUGAAAUAAUACUUUGAAUGUUCUGCAAUCAGUGUAUGCAGAAGACAUUUGUAACAGUUAAGUAAAACCUGAAAGAAAGUUUUUCAUGUGAAAUGGCUUCCUUUCAGGCCAGAAAAAUAUUCUUGUUGCUGAAAAAGGAAACUGGUUAAUGUUAAAUUAUUAGCAUGCAUUUUUGCACAUGAGUUGAGCAUGACUUUACUGUAACUGUAGUGUGGAGGUGCAAUUAUGUUUAUGGACUCAUGUAGGAACACCUCGGAAGAGAUAUUAACCUCCAAGUAAUGUCACCCAGCAGUAGAGCUCAUUAGAUUAUUUGUACUGUCGAUGGGUAAUGCCCAGUUAAUUGCUCAUGCUUACAAAAUUAUAUUCAUCAUUUAAUUGUGUUUAAACCAUAAAAUAGAUGUGUUGGUAUGUUCAUUACCAUUAUGUACAUACCUACUCUAAUGUGUGUGUUAAAGGAAUCAGGGUAGUGUCUUAGUUUUGACUGUAAGGCACCAGUCUGCCUGCUGUAUUGUAGCUCAGUGAGUCAGGCUACCUCAAAUAUGCUUCUGUGUUAAACAUGGUGCUUCAACCAAAGCUUCCCAGUCAUGGACGCUGUACACCAGUUAAGCCCCAUACCAGUUAUGACUCUAUUAAACCACACAGCAGUUAUGGCUCUGUUAAGCUUGUAUCAAACAGCGUUCAUGGCUCUAUUAAACCAGAACCACACGGUGGUUAUGGCUGAAAUAAAGCGAUACCACAUAGCAGUUAAAGGCUUCUGCUGGUACCAGACCCUGGUUUUGGCUCCAUUAAGCUGGUCACUGUGAACCAAAAGCUGGUAGAGAUACCAUUUGUUAUCAGCGACCUAUUCAAACCAUUCAUUGGGUUUUUGCAGCAGAGAGAAAAAUAUUUUGAUUUGAAAACCGAUAACUCCACCCGCUAUGAGGGUCAUGAAACCAGACUCUCCCAUCACGCAUAUUUUUUUUUCUUUUUUUUUUUCCUAGUAUUAUGUUGUUUUUUAUGCAUUAGUCACCGCCUGCCAAUCUGACACCUGCAGUCUGCCUGCACCUGCUGUGUAUGAAGAGCAGUCCUCCAGUGGCCGAACCGCUCGUGAAGAGACCAAUGGUGGCUCCUGAGCUGCAAAAAUCCCCAUAAACUGAUUAUUGGUCUCAACUCUUUUUAAAUAAAAUAAUCCUUGAUUAACAAUAUGAUUAAGUCAGAAGGUAUUCAGUACCGUGAGGUGUAGCCAGGUCCCCCUCAAUUAGGUAAAACACGAAAUAAAACAUUAUUUGCGCACAUUUGUGCACAUUUCCAUUAACCUUAUUCAUAAUUGUGGAUACAUGUUGCUACGCCUUCUUUUGUGUGUAUGCUGUAAAUACAACAUGGUCCCAAUGAAAUGAAUCGCAUCAUGCAGCCAUCAUAGUGACAAAGUGUGCUUACUGGGUAGUGAAUAAGACAUAUUUUUCAUAAUUGAAUUGGGAUACUUAAUCUCCCUAACAUGGCAUGAAGAAAGAAGCUGUGUGUUUACCUGCCAAUUGAUUAUUCAUAUCAUUGCCAAACUUAUUAAUCAAGGAAAAUGAUUGAAAACCAGUCACAGCCAAUAAUCAAUUUAAGGGGAUGUGUUGUGCCUCCUUGAUUUUCAUCUCUGCAGCCGCCAAUGAAAGAAACAUAUACCUUCACACACUUCAGAGGACAUGAAGUCUUGGCUCUUUCACAUUGAUGGAGGCUCCAGUUGAAUAAUAUAUGGGGAUAUAGUAAAAACUGGUGAAGAGAAGAUUUCUGAAACCGCACCGAUGGUUAUUCUAUGAGAAUGCAGAACUUGAACUUGAACUAGGUGUUUGGUUGGAUAUACAGGUAUAAGGACUGUUGAAUUGUAGUGUACAUGGUUGUUGGUACAUCCAACUAAGAACCUUUUUGAGGUUCAUUUUCAACUACUUCACUUUCUAGGGCACUGACAAUUUAUUUCAAUCUAUGACAUACUGUGUACAUGUGAAAUGAAAGUUGAAUAGUAUGUAUGCAUUAAUUUCAGAGAACAGUUCCAGGUUCCUUUUUAUGUAUCCUGGGAAGUACCUCGAAUAGUCGGAGAGUCACGCAAAACCAGCUGUUCUAUGUUCAUUCAUAACCAGAGUCUGCCACCACUGGGCUAAACUCUCUUGACUUGUUCAAAUGUCUGUUAACUGCUUUUGCAAAUUAACUAUAUUUAUAUGAAUGUAAUAUCUAUAUACUGUAGUUUACAAAGCUAAAGCAAACCAAAUGUUCAUGCAUUUGCUUUAAAGAAAAAUUCUCAUAAUGCUGCCUUUUUUUUUUUUUUUUUUUUUUUGUAAUACUGUUCAAGCAGACACGUAUGUUUGUGUAGGAUGAUUUAAUUUAUUGAAACAAAACUUUAGCGAUACCUACAAUAAAAUGCAUGCAUUUUAAUUGGUUUUGUAUGUUGGUUGCUCCCUGUGGAGAAUUUUGGGAACUGAUUCAAGCAGGGGCAUUUUGUGACCUUUUAUUCCACCAAUGAAGAGUGCCAUAGCUACUUAUCACCAGAAGGGGGCAGAGUGGAGCUCUAAUCUUAAAUUCAAUGCUGUAAAGCAACCCUACUCAACUCGUUGUCCUGCGGACCGCAGUGUCUGCAGGUAUUCGCUUCGACCGUGUACUGCACCACAUGAUUUCACUCAUUUAACCUGCUUGGUUCAGAUAAUAAGCUAAUCGGAGAAAAUGGGUGGUGAAACGCAUUGUUGAAGCAAAUGCCUGCAGACACUGCGGUGCAGACGUGGAGUUGAGUAGUGCUGCUGUAAAGGGAUAGUUUAUGUUUUUAAAUAUUACUUGAUUAUUUAAGAUAUUUGCUGUUAAGUUUAGAUAUUCAGUUUAAGUUUAAGUGAUGACUUGCUGGAUUUACAGUUGCAGGGGUAUUCAGGGUGUUACAUUAUUGGCAUUUGGCAGACACUCUUAUCCAGAGCGACGUACAGUUGAUUAGACUAAGCAGGAGACAAUCCUCUCCUGGAGCACUGCAGAGAUAAGGGUCUUGCUCAAGGGCCCGACGGCUGUAUGUAUCUUAUUGGGGAUCGAACCACCUUGCGCUUCCCAGUCAUGUACCUUAACCGCUACACUACAGGCCGCUCUUGUUCUGGUGUAAAACAAAAAAAUGCACUUAAAGUAACAGCUCGUACAAUGUUAUGACUCCAGAGAUUGGACAUGUGGGUUUUACCUAUUUAUUCCUAAAAACUGGUUUCAUCUCAGUUGGAACUGCUCAACAAAAAUAACUAUUGGCAUUCUAUAAAAACUGGUAGUUAUGUUUAUUAAUGUUUAUGUUUAUUGUUUGUUAUGUUUAUCAUUAAUGCUUAUGAAUAAAUGCUUAUUAAUCUUUAAAAUAAUCUGUUAUUGUACUGUACUUUCUCAGUAAAUAUAUUAUUGCUGUACAAACCCCUGAAUGCCACUCUACAAGCCAUUGUAAAGCCAGUUAGUCAUCAGAAAAUUCUGUAGGUAAAAUAUGCUUCCUUUCACAUACCAAUUAAAAUGUACUGUAAUUCUGAAAUAAUGAAUGAAUGAGUGAAUGUCCCUUUAAGUGGUACUAUGACUUUGCAAAUGUGUCAUGAAUAUUUCAUAUUCCCUUUGUGAACAUGGCAUCAGACAUGCAUGUUUUAUUCUGACUUGAUCUGCGCUCUAUAAGGUGUGAGGCCAUUCUUUAUAGUGCCUUCAGAGGCUACUGAACACAAUGAUAAUAAUAAAUCAUUUACAACAAA